CUCAUCGUGUGCUACGUAUGGAGCAUCAUCGCCGGCUCAUUUCGCUGGCGCGUGCCCACCAACGCUGCUGCUGCGGUGGAGUCCAUGCCCGCGCAUCACCUUCCCGCGGCGACGCGGAGUUCGACGUCCGCGUCUGCUGCACAGGGGGGUGAUCCGCAGCCGUCGGCUAGGACUUCUCACGAGUCUGCUGCCGAUCGCUCGACUGAGGCAGGUGAGCAGGUGGUGCCGAGCUCGAAGGUGGCGCGUUUCCGUGCGCGAGUCUUGUUGGUUUCGUUUCUUGCCCUCGUCACGUGUCUCGACGUGGCCAAGUGCUGCUUAGAGGAGAAGGGCAUCGCUGGGAACGAGCUGACAUGCAAGAGCCCUCUGUGCCUGCGUGUUGACAAGUGUAUCGGCUAUCUUCUUCUGUGCGGGAUCUUGUCAAGUGGUGUGGGGCUCUACUGGCUGCGCCGCAACCUUGCCCGCCACCCGUACCUUUCCACCCGUCCCCAGCAGCUUGCAUGCCGCAUUAUGAUCUUCAUGUACUUCACGGGUGGCAUCUACAGCGUUGCCCAGGUAGCCCUGCUGGACGCCCUCUACGCGCAGCUGCUGGGGGUCAUCUACUACCAGCCCCUCGUCCAGCUCCCUCAUCUGCUGGUGCUGACGAGUUUGGUGAACCACAUGACGUACGUGUACACGACAACGCAGUCGUCGCUACAGAUUCCGCUCCGGCCGAACGAUUCACGCUGGAAGCGCGUCGGCUGGUCGUCGCGGUGGUACCGCUGGCUGAACUCGCACGGCGGCAGCUUGUAUGUCUUCUUUAGCGAGGCGGAGGAGCGGCUGUUUUACGACGUGCAGGUCUCUUAUCAGCUGGCGAAGUGUACGUGCAGGCUGGCGAGGAGGCGGAAGAAGAAGAGCAAAAAGAGCGCCGAGCCACCGAAGUCGAGGGCGGGGGAAAGGGCAGAGGCUGGCGGCGAAGGCGCCGGCGGGCAACAUCGGCGUCGACCUUCACUGACGCAGAGCGGGCGGGACGUCAGCGAAGCUGGUGUUGAGGGCCUCCAGGGCGGCAACCAUGUUACACCACUGCUCCUGUCACCAGUCAACAUUUCCGCUUCCGCCGCUGCCGCUGCUACGGCUGCCCCUUUCACGGUAGGCAGAGAGGCGGCCGAGGAUGCCAGGUUCGCCGAUCUACCAUCGUGUGACGAGAGCGGCUGGUUGCCGCCUUUGAGCAUGCCAGACCGGCGUCGUACACUGUCCACCAUCACCACCCACCCGUCUACCUCCUCUUCGAGUCGAACGGGCCACGCUGACAACGGCGACAGCGACGAGAGGAUCAGGACACACGACAACUCGAGCUCGCCAAUCCUGGGUAGGUCGCUCAGCUGUGAGGACGAGGCACGCGCACUAACGGCGUCGUGCAACCCCGCAGACACGAUGCCAGGCGGCGGAGCGCAAGUCGGCGGGACGCCUGCCUUUCUGCCGCCCUUGUCGGCUUCGGACGCCGACGACGCAGCGGCUGGUCGCAGCUUUCUUCUCACACAGAACGGAAGGGAUCCGCGUUACGCGUUGAGCCGCGUCGCCCCCCGUAUGCCGGACGCACGGCAUGGCGCUGAGAGCAGACUGGUGGACGGCACAGCGACGUUCCUCGACUUUCUUGCCGAGGCGAGCAUCGACCGACCGCUGCGUGUGCGACUGCGGCAACGAGCGCGGCAGAGCUUCGUGUUCUUCAACUUGGAGACGGCGAUCGACUGCCUGAAUUUGUCGUGGGAGGCGUACGCGGUUCAGGAGAGCCGCGGCGACAAGUUUAUCUGCACAGGCAUCCAGGUAAACGCGGCAGAGGUACCGAGGGCGGCGCUGGGGUUUGUGGAGCGCGUCGCCACAGCGCUGCUUGGCCUGUGCUUCAAGCCAUCCCCACGUGCCUGCCAUGCCCUGGAUGACAGUGCCGAAGAGGACGCGGCGGCGGCCGUCUCAUUCACGUCGGGGGAUGAUAGGACAGCACUCUUGGAUGAAUGCCGCGCAUCUCUAUCCCGAUCCCCCGCACGGGCGCCACCUGGGGCAGAGGUUGCGUCCUCGGCAACACGGGCAGCCCAGGCUGAUCCGGCGGCGGCGGCGGUUUUUCCUCACGGCGGCAGCAGCAGCGCCAGAAGCGGCAGCUGCCAGCCCCCUUUUCGGAAUUCCACCCGUGCGGCCUCUGCAGCAUCGCCUUGUGUCGGGACCUCAUCUCCGCCAGGUGCUGCCGCAGCCGGCGCAUCCUUCUCUUCUUCCUCUCCAUCCAAGAGGAUUGGGUCGUUGCCGACGCGCGCCUCGGCAGCGACCGCCAGCGCCGACGCCGAUACUACGCGACAGCCACACAUGAACGUGGAGCAGUACGGCUACCAUCGUGUCGCUGUUCUGGAGACACGUGGGGUUCAGGUGGUGGUGGUGCGCAUGGACACGUCAGGCUCCUGCCCGGUGCAUGUCGGCAAGGUGCCGCGCCUCGUCAUCGCCUUCCGUGGUACCGACAACGUGGCGAACGUGAUGGAGGACAUGCGGUUUCAGCAGCGCACGUGGAAGGAGAUGGAGACGCCGACCCUGUCAGCCCGGGCGUCGGUGCACAGCGGGUUCCUAGAACUGUGGAUGUCGCUGAAGGAGCGGGUGAUUGACGUGGUGCUUAGGGAGCUCCGCAGCCAGUGUGCACCGUUUGAGGAGUCAAACGGCGAGGUCUCUGCUGCUGGCACGACAGGCCACACAGGGGAUGGUGCGACUACCGCGGCAAGCUGUUCACCGUCGCGGUCGGACCACGACAUCUUUCAUACUACUAUCCCAUUCUCUGAUAUCUGGACGUUGCCGCGCAACAGCGGCGGCAGGGGUCGCGUGGACACUCGCGAGGGCGCCCUUGGCAGUAAACAAGACCGUUCUGAGGGCUUCAUGCGUGUCUAUGUCACCGGCCACAGUCUUGGUGGUGCGCUGGCGUCUCUGUGCGCCUACACGCUGCGCCGCAUGCUGCUGCUCAUCCAGUACCCGGAACCGGAUCUCGUCGUCUACACGUUUGGCCAGCCUCGCAUCGGCAACUCCGUCUUCAAACAGUACUACAACCGCGCCGUGCCAUGCACCUUCCGCGUCGUGAACGAGAGCGACGCUGUUUCCGGCUUCAACUUCUUUGGCGGCCACCACGUUGGCGUCCAGGUGAACAUUGACCGCCACGGCAACUACAUCUGCAAGCCCAUGUACAUUGAGCGCAUGUUCCGACCCACGCGCGGACGCGGAUUCGCUCUCGCGAACCACACCAUCUCGGCCUACGCGAGUUCACUGAAUGCGAUGGCCAACGUAUACACACAGGGCGCGUGCCCUUUGCGGUGUAGCCAGCCCUACAUGGACGAGAUCGAGCCGGUGAGCAGCACCAACAGUGAGGACGAAACCCACAACUCGGAGACGGCCGGGGAGGAGGGCUAG